AUGGCAGCAUCUGAUGUUGACCAGCAGCCAGGUGACGAUAAUCUUUGCAUGUUGUGCAAAGUCGGUUCAAAGCCAGGUGAGGGGAUAAUCCUUUGCCUUUUCUGUAAUGCACCUUGGCACCAACCUUGCCUACUUUCCAGUCGUGUAUCCCGUCCCAUCGAUGAUGAUUUCUGGGGUUGCCCUGAGUGUGAAAAUCGUAUUCUGCAAGACGAUCUAAAUCUAUUCACCUUCGACCUUGAUAACGACCCCGCCACUUCUUCUUUCGCUCCCGCUGAGAAUAGCAUGAUCUCUAAGAUUCUGGAGAUCCAGGCCGAUACGUCGCUGACGGAGGAGGAAAAGGCGAGGAAGAGACAGGAGUUGGUUAGCCGGAUACCCCUUGUUGAACCGACGGAACUAGAAGCCAAAGACAAGACUAUACUGGAGUCCGACAACGAGCCGUCGAACGUUUCUGAUGAGAGCUUAAACUGUUCUAUUUGUUUACACAUGCCUGACAAACCUGUUACGACGCCAUGCGGACACAAUUUUUGUCUGAAAUGUUUCAACCUGUCGAUUCGACAAGGGAACCGAAACUGCGCCUUGUGUCGUACACAGAUACCAACGACAAUGGUGAACCAACCUCGUAUCAACCUGACGCUGGUGUCUGCCAUCCGAAUGGCAAAGUUGUCCAAAUCUACUGGUUCGGACGCUGGCUCUUCAAAGAUUUACGAACAUGUUCACAACCAAGAUAGACCAGACAAGGCUUAUGCAACCGAGCGGGCUAAGAGGAGUGGGAAGGCCAAUGCUGCGAGCGGUCGAAUCUUUGUGACGGUGCCGACCGAUCAUUUUGGUCCAAUAUUGUCUGAAAACGAUCCGACGAGGAAUCGAGGAGUGCUGGUGGGGGACACUUGGGAGGAUAGGUUGGAAUGCCGGCAAUGGGGUGCUCAUUUUCCUCCUAUUAAAGGCAUUGCAGGCCAGAAAGAUCAUGGUGCACAAUCCGUCGUGCUCUCCGGAGGUUACAAAGAUGAUGAGGAUCAUGGAGAAUGGUUCCUUUACACCGGAAGUGGUGGGAGAGACCUAAGCGGAAACAAAAGGACUAACAAGGAUCAAUCUUUUGAUCAAGAGUUCAAGAGUGGGAACGAGUCGCUUCGUCUCAGUUGCAAAAAUGGCUAUCCUCUUCGAGCCAUAAGGUCUUACAAGGACAAACAUUCUUCAUAUGCUCCUGAAAAAGGGUUACGUUAUGACGGCAUUUACAGAGUUGAAAAAUGCUGGAGAACUGUUGGAGUUCAAGGCUUCAAGGUCUGCCGAUAUUUAAUCGUUAGGUGUGACAAUGAUCCUGCUCCAUGGACCAGUGACAUGCAUGGCGAUCUCCCUAGACCUUUGCCGUUUAUUAAAGAGCUUGAAAAGGCAUCCGAUAUAACCGAGAGAAAAGAAAGCCCGGCGUGGGACUUUGAUGAUGUUAAUGGCUGCUGGAAGUGGAUGAAACCACCACCAAUGAGCAAGAAAAAAGAAAAUACCGGCGGUUCUGAAUCCCGGAAGAUGCCAAGGAGCAGCACUGUAGUUAAGCAAGCACUGAAUGUAGCCGGUAGAAAGAGGCUUCAAAAAGAUUUUGGUUGUGGGAUCUGUGAUCAAGUGCUGGAUAUGCCAUUAACAACCCCAUGUGGUCAUAAUUUCUGCAAGUCAUGCUUAGAAGCUGCAUUUUCCGGAAUAUCAUUUAUGAGGGAGAGAAAUGCAGGUGGUCGGACCCUCCGCUAUAAAAAGAAUGUCAUGACAUGCCCUGCUCUUGAUUGCACUUUUGAUUUAUCCGACCAUUUGAACAACUUACAGGUAAACAUGGAGCUGAAGAACCUGAUUGCGAAGCAGAUGAGAGAGUAUGAGGAUUCUAAUGCAGAGGAACUAGGUGAGAAAGAAGAUUUAUCAAGGACGAACAAUGAUUAUGAAGAACCGGGUGUUGAUGGUGAAGAUUCGGAUGAUGCGGAAAUGGAACUCGAAGCCGAAAGGCCUUCAAAGCAAAGGAAAGUCGAUGGCGACAACGAGGGUUAA